AUGUUGGGACGAGGCAGAGAAGGCAAAGGACCCGGAUGGCGGCGUCACGUGACCACGAGCGUCGCGCCCCGUCAGGGGGCGGGACCAAGCGCGGGGCGGGGCCUGGGCGGGGGCGGGGCCUGGGCCCGGGUGGGUUCGGGGCUGUUGGCGCCGCCCGCGCCGAGCUCGGGGGGAGGGCAGUGGGGGAGGGACCUUCGGGACCGCGACGGGAACCCCGCGACGGGAACCCCCCCACCGGCACCCCCCACCGACACCGCCCACCGGCACCCCCCCACCGGCACCCCACACCGGCACCCCGCCACCGGCACCGCCCACCGACACCCCCCACCGACACCCCCCACCGGCACCCCCCCACCGACACCGCCCACCGGCACCGCCCACCGGCACCCCCCACCGGCACCCCCCCACCGGCACCGCCCACCGACACCCCCCACCGGCACCCCCCACCGACACCCCCCGGCAGUGACACCUCCGGCACCCAAGGCACCACGGACCCCCGAGCCCCGACACCCCCGGGAUGUCCGGAGCUCCCGGGCAGCGACACCUCCGGGCAGUGACACCCCGGACACUGAGACGCCCCAACACCGUCACUCCCCGAACCCCACGACGCUGGGAUCCCUGGGCACUGACACCCCCCGGGAUUCCCGAUCACUGGGACCCCCGACACCAGGAGCCCCGGACACGGCCCCGCCAUACACCGACACCCCCGGGCACCACCGACACCCCUGGCAGCCCCCCGAGACCCCGAUUCCGGCACCGCCGGGCACGCGACCCUCUGGGCACCAGCACCCCCGUCUACUGACACCCAGGGACCCCCGGGCACCGACCCCCGAGGAACACCGGGCACCGGGACCCCCGGGCACGAGGAUCCCCGCGACCUCCAAGCACCGCACCGGGACCCCCGGGUACCGCAGUGGGACCCGCGCUCCCGAGACCCCCGUGUCCUCCCGGGAGCGGCUCAGGAAGCGUCCGGGGGGACGGUGCCCGGAGCUCGAGGCUGAGCUCGGGGCUAACCCCGGGGCCGGCCCGGGGGCCUCCCACCUGGUUCUGGGGGGGUCCAUGCCCCCAGGGACCCCGACAUGGGCGGAGGGCGAAAGGGGUGUCCCGGGGGGGGCGACACACCAGCACAUCCCAUCUCCCGUUCGUGGGGAAUCAGCACUUUAUUUGGAUCUGGAGGGGCUCGGGGGGCCCCCCCGGGUUUCGGAGGCCGGGUAUGCCCCAUGA